AUGACUACCAAAGGCAAGGACACUCAGCACCAAAAGCAAAAGAAGCUGACUCUCAAAUCUGUACACAAAGAAGUGUGUCGAAUUCGAAAGGACUCGCCCAUAUCCAAACAAGUAGAAGACGCAUUCAACAUCAUGCUGGAUGCCCUUAAUAGAUACGGAACUACAGCUCUUUCCAUGAGUUUCAACGGUGGAAAGGACUGCACAGUCAUGCUUCACUUAUACUAUGCAGUCCUCUACCAGUACCUAACGGAUCGGGCUGCCUCUAAAAUAACGAAUGGAUCAACUAAUGGAAGUAGUGACAAUGGAACACUAGCUGCUGAUGGUAACGGAACCUCUGAUACAACAAUAACGGCACCACCAAUUAAGUGCUUGUAUGUAACCUGUGUGGAUCCAUUCCCCGAAGUGGAUGACUUUGUAGAUGAGUGUACUCAAGUGUACAAUUUAGACUUGGAUCGAAUCGCCGAGCCCAUGAAGGAAGCUCUACAAAAGUUCCUCGAUGUGGAAUCUUCUGUGCAGGCAAUCCUUAUUGGGACUAGAAGAACAGAUCCCUUUGCCCAAAACUUGAUACCGUUUGAUCCAACCGACAAUGGCUGGCCCAGUGUUAUGAGAGUACAUCCCAUACUAGAUUGGGAUUAUGCUGAUAUAUGGAUGUAUUUACGCUUGUUGGAGGUGGAUUAUUGUUCACUCUAUGAUAGAGGAUACACAUCAUUGGGCGGUAUAGGUAACACUCUACCCAACCCAGCAUUAGCGAAUCCACUCGUGCCUGGAGAGUUCCUCCCUGCGUAUGAACUCAAAGAUGCAGUUUCAGAGAGAGAUGGGAGAGGCAAAUCAAAAUCAUCAUAA